AUAAGAUUAGCCCACCCCCUGGCCCUAGCAUCCCCAAACCUAUUACAACCAUCACUACUAAGACUAACGGUGUCUCCCAUGGCUGCGUCUGCUUGUACAGUUCACAAUUUCUCUCAUCCCCAUGUAGCCUCCACAUCCCAAUAUAUCUCAACCCUAUCUACUCCCAUCAAUAGGACUUUGAGUUUUCCCAGAUACAGAAGCAAUACUUUUGUUGUCACAGUUGGCUUUUCGACUAGAGCAGUAAAGAGUGACAGUGGCGCAAAUGUCAGUAGUGACAAAAAGAAAGAAGUUUUGGAAGAAGAGGAGGAAGAGGAGAUGCCAUGGAUACAAGAGAAAGCAUUAGACCUGGUUGAGUUCACCGGUUCUGUGACUCAGGCAAUUCCUGGCCCUAGGAUUGGGUCUAGCUCUUUUCCAUGGAUUCUUGCGGUGCCCUUGACUUACUUUGGCAUCACUUUUGUCAUUGCCUUUGUCAAAACCGUUCGCAAGUUCAAUUCACCCAGGGAGAAGCGUAAAAAAUUGGUGAACAAAAAUGCUGAGCUAUGCAAGUCAAUCGAUGAGUUAUUUGAGAAAGGAAAAGAUUUUGUUGAGCCUUCAACUUUGAAGGGACUUGCACAAAAGACAGGUUUUGAUAUGGAGGAGAUUUUCCGAAAAUAUAUUCGGUACUCCUUGAAUGAGAAGCCAUUUAGCCCGGAUUUAGUAGCAUAUUUAAUUCAAUUGAGGAAAGCAUCAAUGCUGACUGAUUCUGAAGUAGCUGGAAUACUGAACGAAAUUUCACGACGAAUUGUUCAAGACAAAGGUCCAGUUGUUAUGGAUAUAUCAGGCUAUUCUGAGAAGGGUUUGAAGAGAAAACUUGCUGUGCAAACACUUUUUGGGAAGAUUUAUUAUCUCUCUGAGCUUCCAGAAUUCUGCUCAAGGGAUAGCUCGUUAACUGUUAAGGAAAUAUUUGGAGUGGCCGAUGAGGAUGCUGAAAAGCUUCGGUUACAUACCAUCCCAGAAGCUGGGAACAUGGAUUCACUUGAGAGGAUGGUGAACGGUUCAGAUGCAGAGUGAUGAUUCCGCUAUUGUUUCUCGAUUCACGUACACUUGAUUGUAGAGAAGUUGUAGGUGUGGAGAGUAUUGCAUAUUCCUUGUGCAGUGCCCAAAACAGCGGAAAAGAAAAGUCACAACAUAUAACUAACCACCAUGAAGCUUGUCUAGAAUUGCUUCAGUUUUGUGCCCACAACACUUGUGAUAGAUACAAAAUGCUUGUGUUCUGUUUCCAGCGAAAACUACUUUUUCACAUAUGGAGUAGUCUGAAAAAUAAUCUUCAGUUUCCAUCAAAAUUGAAUUGAUUCAUAUAUUGUUUGGUCCUAAAAUGUCCUCACUCUUUAAUAUUUUGAUCCAAAACUACUCUUACGCUUGCUUUA